AUAUGUUGUUUUUUUGUGCAAUCUUUUUUUUUUUUGAAACAUUGUGCAAUCUUAAUUACCUCCAAGUAAAAGAAAAAAAAAAGUUACGGUUCAGAUUCAUUUCUAGGUAGAUCUAGGGGUGUGCAUUUCUUUGUUUAUGAUAAGGUGGUUUUUUAUGCAUUUGAAGCCCCAUAAUAUAUGUGGCAAGGAAUCUAUUGUCUUUUUCUGUUUGGAAUUGAGCAGAAUAUACCGUUCCUUCAUUUGACUAAAAUGAUGAAGUUAGUUAAUAUCUAGAUUUGAAACAUGAAUUCCCAAGCUUUAAAAAUAAAACUUUUUUUAUGUCAAAAAAAUAAUAAUAAAAUGUUUCUAUUUAAAAAAAAAUUUGUAAUAUAUAUAUCUAUAGUCAUAAUUUUAAGAAGUUAUGAGAACGAAAAACACCACUAGCUAAAAAAGUCUUGAAUAUGUAAGCUAACAAAUUUCACAAAUUAAAGUGCAUGAUGAUGAAGAGCCAUACAUUCCUAAGGGUCAUUUUUCUUUUGAUGUUUCUUGGGUGGCUAACGGUUUGGAUCUUGUUGCCUACAAAGAUCUACAAAAACACAUGGACUCCCAAACUUGAAAACAACCUAAACUCUACAUACUUCAGAGAGCAAGGGCUAAAUCUGCUGCUUUUCACAUUCCCAAUGAUGUUCAUGGGAGCUUUGAGUUGUAUUUAUCUCCAUCUUCACAGGGAAAAAAUAACACAAAAGAUACCCUCCACAAGUGGCGCUCUAAAAAGAUGUUUAUGUUACCUAAGACGACCAUUCUUGGUGAUGUCUCCAAUUGGAAUUGUUACAUCUAUGGAGCUUAUUUUUGCAUUCAUGUUUGUUGCACUUUUGAUAUGGUCCCUUUCCAAUUACUUGCAUAUUAGUUUUGGUAGUCUUCAUAUGCACAAACAAGGCGAGAAAGUAUGGGAAGCAAAGUUGAGGAGUGUAUCUUUAAGACUUGGGUACAUAGGAAACAUAUGUUGGGCAUUUCUGUUCUUUCCAGUGACAAGAGGAUCUUCUAUUCUGCCUCUUGUUGGUCUCACAUCUGAAUCAAGCAUCAAAUACCAUAUUUGGCUUGGACAUUUAUCUAUGAUUCUUUUUGCUGCACAUACCACAGGUUUCAUUAUCUAUUGGGCCAUCACCAACCAAAUGGUUGAGAUGUUAGAGUGGAGCAAGACAUAUGUGUCAAAUGUAAGUGGAGAGAUUGCAAUUUUAAUAGCAUUAGCAAUGUGGAUAACAAGCAUUCCACGCAUAAGACGUAAGAUGUAUGAAGUAUUCUUCUACACUCACCAUCUCUACAUUCUCUAUAUCUUAUUCUAUGCUAUCCAUGUUGGUGUUGAAUACAUGUGCAUGAUUGCUCCUGGAAUUUUCCUAUUCCUCAUUGAUAGACAUCUUAGAUUCUUACAAUCUCGACAAAAUGCUCGUUUACUAUCAGCUCGUCUUUUACCUUGUGAUGCACUUGAACUCACCUUCUUCAAGAAUCCUAGUUUAUACUAUAACCCCACAAGCUUGGUGUUCAUAAAUGUUCCAAAGGUAUCCAAGCUGCAAUGGCACCCUUUUACAGUUUCAUCUAGUAGUAAUAUGGAGACUAAUUCUCUUAGUGUUAUCAUAAAAAAUUUGGGUAGCUGGUCAAACAAGCUUUAUAAGGAACUUUCUUCAACAACUUUGGAUCAUCUUAGUGUUUCAGUUGAAGGACCCUAUGGACCACAUACUUCACAAUUUCUAAGGCAUGAACAGAUUGUGAUGGUAAGUGGUGGAAGUGGCAUAACUCCUUUCAUAUCAAUAAUCAGAGAUCUCAUAUUUCAAAGCCAACAACAAGAAUUCCAACCUCCAAAACUCCUACUUGUUUGCAUUUUCAAAAACUAUGUUGAUCUAACGAUGUUAGAUCUUAUACUUCCUGCUUCUGGUUCAACAACUCAAAUCUCAAAACUUCAACUACAAAUUGAAGCUUACAUCACAAGAGAAAAAGAAGAACCACCAAGAGAUACUCAGAAACAUAUUCAAACAAUAUGGUUUAAACCAAAUCUCUUAGACUCUCCUAUCUCAGCUAUAUUAGGACCAAAUAACUGGUUAUGGCUUAGUGCUAUAAUCACAUCAUCAUUCAUCAUGUUUCUCUUCAUUUUAGGGAUCGUUACUCGUUACUAUAUUUAUCCAAUUGAAAGUAACUCAGGUGAAGUUUAUAAUUGGACAUUCAAGGUUAUGUGGUACAUGUUUAUACUUUGUGCAUGCAUAUGUUUAUGUUCUAGUGCAAUUUUUCUUUGGUGGAAGAGACAGGACACCUUCGAAAAUAAGCUAGUAAAGAAUGUAGAAGUUUCAACACCAACAAGAUCACCAGGGUCAUGGAUUUAUGGAUCAGAAAGAGAACUUGAAAGUCUUCCUCAUCAAUCUUUAGUGCAAGCUACCAAUGUACAUUUUGGUGCAAGACCUGAUCUCAAGAAAACUCUGUAUGAGUGUGAAGGCAAAGAUGUUGGAGUUAUGGUUUGUGGUCCAAGAAAAUUGAGACAUGAAGUUGCUAGAAUUUGUGCUUCUGGAUUGGCUGAUAAUCUUCACUUUGAAUCCAUCAGCUUUAAUUGGUGAUCUAUAAUGUAAUUUAGCAUCAAUAUACAUGUCAUAUGCUAUGCCCUAUGUUUAUUUUUGCUAAAAGAAAGAACAAUUUUUGCUCCCAUUCUUUCAUCAACUCUCAGAAGUUCAGGUUAAUCACAAACUUUAAACCCUUUUAGUGUUUCUUACCCAUGAUUU